AUGAGUAUGUGGGAUGUUCACAAUCUCUACAGCUCCACUGACAACUUGUUACUGGCAGACUCAGAAACUCUAGACGGUCGAUUGCUUUUCGCAAUUCCGAAGAAAGGAAGAUUAUAUGAAAAGUGUUUGGCACUACUGGCUGGUGCGGAUAUCCAGUUCCGACGAAAUAAUAGAUUAGAUGUUUGUCUUGUUCUGAAUCACCGCAUUGCCUUAGUCUUCCUUCCUGCAGCAGACAUUCCCUCCUUCGUCGGCAAGGGCGACGUCGAUCUCGGUAUUACUGGUCACGAUGUCAUUCUAGAGUCGAACAUGCAAGAUCUGGUAACCGAAGAGCUGCGACUUGGUUUUGGAAAAUGCUCGCUCCAAGUGCAAGUGCCAGAAUGUUCAUCCAUCAAGACAGUAGACGAUUUGGCUGGAAAACGCGUCGUUACUAGUUUCGAGGUUCUGGCUGGUAAAUAUUUUAGUGAGAUCGACGAUCGCCUACAACUCGUGGAAGGAAACCGCACACAAAUAGAAUACGUUGGGGGCAGUGUUGAGGCUGCCUGCGCACUCGGCCUCGCAGACGGUAUUGUUGACCUCGUUGAAUCCGGUGACACAAUGCGAGCCGCUGGGUUGCACGCAAUCGCAACUGUUCUUGAAACGGAAGCGGUUCUCAUCAGAUCUAGCGUACCCAAGCACCCUCACUUGACGCCUCUUAUUACUCUUAUCGCAAGGCGAAUCGCAGGCGUCAUCGCCGCAGGCAAGUAUGUAGUUUGCGAGUACAACAUUUCCCGCGACAAUCUGGCAGCCGCUAUCAUUAUUACACCUGGCCGGAGGGCACCUACCAUCAGCCGACUGGAAGAGGAGAAUUGGGUAGCCGUCAGCAGUAUGGUGGAGAAAAACAAAUGCGCCCAAGUGAUGGAUGAACUUGUCAAGGUCGGUGCUGAGGACGUCCUGAUUUUCAACCUCGACAACUGUAGAGUUUGA